UUUAAUAGAGAUUUGACUCGUCUCCAAUCCCUGUGGGCUUGGUAGCUCAACAGGUAAGGCGGCGGGCUGGUAGUAGGGACCUUACGAUGCGACAACGGCAACUGCGACGGCACCGGAGUUUGAUCCCUUUUUUUAACUGAGCAUGCGCACGCACCAUCUGUACGUUGUUUACACGUUUUGAAAAGACGGAACCGACGUGAAAACAACAACUUUGGCGUCGCUUCAGAACGGCAGAGAAAAAAAAUCAAAAAUCUUGCAAAAAUCAUUCGAUUGUCAAAUGGCGAGCACUACUGUUGCUUCACGUGCAUCUAUGAAAUGGUCCUCAAGCCAUGAUAUAGCUUUAUCACGAGAAAUCUUGCUAUUUAGACCAUGGAUUCACAGAAGAGGAUCAACUGAAAGAGGCCAAAUUUGGGAAAACAUUGCUAAAUCGCUCAAUGCUUUGGAAAUGCCAAAAUUCCAUGUAUCUCAGAGAUCUGUUCGCGAUCGAUAUCAACUGCUCGAAAAGAAAUACAAAAGAAAACAAUCAGAAGAAGAAAGAGCCAGUGGUAUUUCACCCGAAGAGAGUGAACUUGACGAGGCUAUGGAGGACAUCAUAGCUCAGUUUGAGGAAGCUGAUCAUUUAAAUGAACAACUCACGUUCGAGAAAAAACAGAGAGCUCAGGCAGAAGUUGAAAAGGCUGUAGAAAUGCGUCGCUGCUCAAUGGAAACGUUCAAAGAAACGAAAAAGAGGAAUGACGAGGAAGAAAAUAACGAGCCAUCUGCUAAAAAGAAGAAAAGGACCAGUGGAUCGGAUGUCAUGCGAUACCUGCGAGAAAAAGGCGAAAUUGAUAUAAAAAUGAAAGCUGAUGAAGUCGAGCUGAGAAGAACGGAAAGUGAACGACAUUACGAACUUAUGCAGGAAGAACUACGCAUUAGAAGGCUUGAAGCUGAACGCCAAAAAGAGCAGAAUGAGCAACAAGUUAUGCAGUUAACUAAUUCCCAAAUGAUGCAACAACAACAGAUGAAACAGCUAUUUGAAGUGACUCAAGGUAUGAUGUUACAGCAGCAGCAGCAAAGUGCUUCUUUUGUAGCUAUAUUUGAAAAGUUUGCAACAAAAUUCAACUAAAAACCGUAACAAUCAUUGUGUUUUAUUUGAUUUUUUGUUUGCAUAUCAUUGUUCUGUUGAAAGACAGUGUUUAUAAGACAUUUAAUAUUUCUAAACAUAAACAUAAAUAAGAAUAAUGAAGGAUUAGGACUAAUUUUUUGGUCUAACUUACAUUGUUAUUUGUAUUGUUUGUAUUAAAUAUUGUUGUUUUUA